ACUCACUACGAGUCUGGCAAGCCUGUUUUCGUCCGCGUUUGUACUUAACCAACCUUUUCUGCUUAGAGUAAACACCUGUUUUAUACAACAUUGAAAUCCAUUGUUUACCUCCUUCUCUUGAGAGUGGCAUGCACAUUGAAUGGAAUAAUUGACGUGUCGUAUUAGUCCCUUUUGCCCUUGAAUAAUGGACUCUGACGAGCAACCCAUCGAUUCCGAGGAAGAAACUGAGAGACUGAAGAACUCUGUAUACGAGGCUCAAAAAGUGAUUCAAGAGGCCGGUGCUGUUGACGAAGAAGCUAUCUGUGAACGACUGCAAAGGAAAUCUCAAGAGGAAGGAGAAGUAUCGCAAGAUGCUGAUGAUGCGGUACCCUUAGGGGUAGAAGAGGAAGAAAUACUAACAGCUGCUGAGAAAGGAAAAUUGGAUGUCCUAGAACGACUCUUAGCAGAGAACGAAAAUCUAGUGAAUGUGAGGGAUAGUGACGGUUACACUCCUCUGCAUCGUGCCUGUUAUUCAAAUCAUGCUGAUGUCGUCGAAUUUUUGUUGAAGCACAAGGCAGAUGUCAAAGCAAAAACUUGUGAUGGCUGGACUCCCCUUCAUUCCGCUUCCAAAUGGAAUAAUUACAAAUGUGCUGCUCUUCUCUUAGAUUAUGGAUCUGAAGUUAAUCCUCUUACAAAUGGAGGGCAAACUCCGCUUCACCUAGCCUCAAGUCAUCCUGAGGCCAGAGAGACUCUAUAUCUUCUUCUUACCAACCCCAAAAUUUCAAUUAACAUUCGGAAUAAGACAGGAGAAUUAGCAUAUGAUAUUGCUCAUCGUCAUUGUAAAUAUUAUAAAUUGUUUGACUUAUGUGAUCCGUGUUUCAAUAUUAUCUAGUGUGUCCGUAAUUGUAUUGGUACUGGGUUACAUUUCUUCAGUCAAGCCCUAUGGAAAAUUAAGGUACACAAUUUUAACAAAGAGUAUGUAUUCAUUGAGGGCCUUCAUAAAUAAGUUUACAACUUCAAAUAAUAAUUUUAAAUGGCCUAAAGGAUUAAAAAUUUUCAAGUGUGUUAACUUUGAAACUAUUGCAUCAUUCAAUCAAUCAAAUUUGCUACAAAAUUAAUGAAUGUUAAGAGGUAGCAUGUGUACAGUCAGAAAAAUGCACUGUACCAAGAAAUAAGACUUGCAGAUAGAGUGUAUAUAUACUUCUUUAAAGAAAACAAAACAAAAACAUUUUAAUGAGUCAUUUAUUUGAAUAAAGUACUUUGGUCCAAA